UGUAUAGGCAGACCUGUGUAGGUAGACGUGUGUGAUUGUCCUGAAGACGCAACAAUCAAGUGCUCGGUAGCAGCUGUGCACACAAAAAGGGUGUCUGUCUUUAGGUAGGAGUGUCGGCCACAAGUUUUUGUAGACAAACAGCUUUCGGUGUUUACUGUUUGCGUCUUCAGUAAAGAGAAGACAGUUCCGAGUGUGUGGUCGCGAUGGCGGGCGUGUGUCACGGCAUGUGUGUGCUGCUGUGGCUGAGUGUGUGUGUGAGGGGAGCCGAGGUCAAAUUCGAAGAGGACGAGAGCGGCGUCAUCAAACUCAACAAGGAAAACUUUGAUGAGGCGCUCAGACGACACACACCCCUGCUCGUACACUUCUAUGCUCCCCUCUCCGGUGAGUCUCUGGGUUCCAUGAUGGAAUUCUCAAAGGCGGCUGCGGAGCUGCGUGACGCGGGUGGUGAUGAUGACAACACCAAACUGGGCGGAGUUGACGUCUCCAAGGAGAAAGAAUUGGCCAAUCAGCUGAAUGUCACAGCCGUCCCCGUCCACCGCCUAUUCCUCCGCAACACACAGACACCUGUAAUCUGCCCUGUUCUGAGGGAUGCAGAUGCUAUCUUGACGUGGCUGAAGAGGAGGGAGGGGCCAAGUGCCGAUGUCAUCGACAGCCUGAGCCAAUUAGAACGCUUCACCAAGUCACAUGACCUCGCAGUGCUGGGACUCUAUAAGGAUCUGAAACAGGGUUCGGUCAAGGUGUUCUACUCGGCGGCAGCAGACGUUCCUGAUCUUCCCUUCGCAGUCACACACACCAAAGAACUCUUCACACACGUUGACACACACACAGACUCGCUGGUCAUACUCAGGGAGGGUCAGCUGGAUGGUAAGCUGGAGAUCAGCAGUGGCAUCAGUAAGGAUGAGAUGAUCGACUUCAUCAGAAUACACGAGUUUGACCUGGUCACCGAGUACAACGGAAAGACUGCUCCACAAAUCCUGAAUUCUGUGCAGAAGAACCACCUUGUUCUCUUCAUCAAUAAGACAACUGAGAGCUUCACACACACACUCAACGAGUUUCACAACACAGCAGCGCGAUACAGGGGACAGGUGCUGUGUAUACUGAUUGACACCGAUGAGCCACGUAAUGGCCGAGUUCUGGAAUUCUUCCGUGUGCGUUAUGAAGACGCCCCAUUGGUUAGGAUGGUCAACCUAUCAGACGCCUCGCAAUACCAGCUACAGUCAAACACACUACACACACACACACUCACACACUUCAUCGACGAAUAUCUACAGGGCAAAGCCAAGCGUCGUCUUCAGAGUGAACCUGUCCCUGAGGGUUGGGAUGCGCAGCCGGUUAAGGAGCUUGUUGGCUUGAACUUUGACCCUGUUGCCUUCAACGACAAAAACAACGUCCUGGUACUGUUCUAUGCCCCGUGGAGCGAAGAGAGCCGCGCCCUGUUCCCGCUGUGGGAGGAGCUAGCACGGCGCUACCGUAACCAUGACAACGUAGUGAUAGCGCGUAUUGACGUGACAGCUAAUGAUGUCAACCUGCUGAUGAUGGAACGACACCCGACUAUAAAGCUGUUCCCAGCCCUAUACGCGCAGCGGGUGAUUCCGUAUGACGGUGAGCGGAAUGCUGAUGCCUUGGUGGAAUUCAUGACCACAGAGAUGAAGAAAGCAAAGAAGGAGAAAGCCAAGGAGGAGAAGGAGAGAAGGAAGUACAUUGAGAAGGUGAAGGCAGCUGAAGCAGCAGACAAGAAGAAGGAAGAACUAUAACACACACACACACGCACACACACGCACAGACAUGCAGACAUCACACACACACUUCACUCCCAUAUUAGGAGUAAUA